CCCCAGUUCAGUGUUGACUUCGGUAUCGAUCGGUUGGUUGGAAAAUUCACGAACGCAGGAACAUUGCCUCGGUACGGUGGUCCAUGGUGGGUUCAACUUACUGCUGAUAGCCCUAGCGGAGUGUCCCCUCACUCGGUCCAGUCCCACGGUUCUCGGUGUGUGAGUGGGAAACGAAAGGUGAAAACUGUCGCUGGGACGACAGGACCUUAUCGCAUAAUAUGAAAUGUGUUCCCCCAGCGGAAAAGGCAUGACUCACGCAGUGUUGUACGGAUGAGAUACCUGUUUGAAGCGAGGAAAACUCGUCGUAAUUGGAUUUGAAAAGUGGAUUUUUAGCAUGUGUUGCUUAUUUUCGUCUGCAAAUGGAGGAAAAUCGUGCGUUAUUCUGCAAGUGAAAACGUCCUAGCAUAGGCACGUGUGUACAGCGGAAAUUGUGUAACAGCGUUAUGUACAUCGGAAAAAAUGGUUUAAACAGUUAAGUUUGUCACUGAUAGCGAUGGUGAUGAUGAUAAUGAUGAUGAUGGCCCAGCAUACGUAGAAAGUAAUGCUGACAUGGUGUUUAACGGUGUUUAAAUGAUUGGAUAGGAUUGUCAUUCGAUCGGAUGCGUCUUCAGAACGCCACCAUUUGGAUAAUUUUCUCAGCGGGGUCGUAAAUAUUGCGACGAAAUGGGCCGUUUGUAUCGACGAAUGGACAAAAAGGCAUUGAUCUAAACGUGUGCACACAAAACAACUGUCGAGAAUUCGAUCGUUAAGUGAACGCCGUACCAAUUUUUGCCAGUGUAUUAAAGCAAAUAUACUCAACUGGUGUUGACGCGCCAAAGAAGUGUACGAUAGAUUAGUCGUGAAGGCAGAAAACAAUAAACAAAAAGAGGAAGAGUAAACCGAAACAACCAUCUGUGAUUUCUCCGCGGUUGGCUGGCUUAGUACCAGUAUAGUUCAGUUUCCCUCCACGGUGCUAUCAUUAACUCUUGGAGUCUGCCUCGAUGAGUCUGCCGACGAGACGACGAGUGAAGAAAAUCGAUUGUGUCAGUGAGUUUUUCCUCUCGCAUCCGCCGGUCGUUGGUGAAAAGUCGCGCUCGUUGCCAACGAAACACAAUAGAAAAAUACUUCGAUACAUUUCGGUUGCUUGUGCAGAGACCACCGGAGAAGUGGCCGGAAUCGAUGCCGGUGUCGAGUGUUUGCGGUAGGUUUGGCGGUGAUUGAGUGAAGUACUGCUCCGUUCACCGAUCGCAGGUUCAGUCGAAGCCCAAGAGUGAGUGAGGUAGUAGCAGCUUAGUGAAAUAUCAGGAUAAAAGAAAGUGAAUAUACCGAGGCACCGCUCGACUCCUCUUCCGCUUGGACACAUCGCGAGCAGCCAAACAACAAGCGGAUGAGUUGCGAUUUUGGGAGCUUAUCGUGAACAUCGCAUUGGUGUAUUGAAAACGUGUUACGGAGAAGCUUUCAACCGCGGAUCGCGCACAUCUCGAAACGAGUCGGGUCUAAAUUCAAUUUAUUUAUUUUUUUCGCACUCUUUCCCCGUUUUUAAUCGAAUUCAUCAGUCAGUCAGGUGAAAUGGUUUUUUAGUGCCGAACCAUCAGCAGCAGGCAAAUCCAUGAACGAGAGCGGUGGGAAUUUUACGGAAAAGUUCAAACAUCAAGUGUGCAUGGAUUGCAAAUAUCUAUUUUAAAUUGUGCAGUUUGAGAAAGGGGAAAAUUUCGAAACAAAUAUUGAAAUUAGUUGCCUUUAGUCGCAAACCAAACCUAAUUAAACCCGAGACACAAUCACACAGUAAUUUCGGAGAAAAUAGAAAAGAUAAGUGCAGCAAAAUCGCAGCUCGGCUAAUUGGUGUACGAAUUUAUCUGGCCAUUGUUCGAUUGGGCGUGCUUUUAGCUAACCAGCAAGUGACAGUAGGGAACGAACGUCAAGAGUGAAAGGAGAGGAAUUAGAAGAUCAAUCUGCUAAUGUACCGGUGUGAGUAUGUGCAUAGUUUGUUCCGGCAAGCCAGUGUUGGAUGGGAAAUAAGCAGAGCUGAAAUUAUCUACAUACGAGGUGGCUUGAAAGUGGCACCUUUGACAGACGUCGGCGGUGGUUGUUGAACUGUUUGGUGGAAGUCAAAGCUCGGUUGUUGGGCUGUCAAAUCACGUGCAUUUAGUGCACUCCAGAUAGCGGGCGUGUUGAAUCAAAUUUGGAUGAAAAUAUGUCAAAGGAUCCCUCACAGUCACGAAUACCACGCAUUGGAGCCACCACCACCACCAGCAGCAGCAGCAGAAUCCCGAUUCCUGGUUCAAUUCGUCCUCCACAGUUCCAGUCUAAGCUAGUGAAACCAUCAUCGUUGGGUCAUCCGACUAAUGCACCGUUUGCAACACCUGCUAGGUUCACGGGACCGCCGCGGUCUUCGGCCAUAACGAUUGCCCGUUCUUAUUCGGGAGACAAACUAUGUAGUGAUUCCACUCCGUUUCCCGUCCUGGCGGCAUCAACACCGGCACCUCAUUUUAAACCUACUAGCGCGUUGAAUUUCUACAAGAAGUUGGAGCUGGUGUCAACUGAAAAUCUCAAUGACAUCAAACAGGAUGAGUUGUUUGCGAGCGUUCCGAGCAGCAUUGUAGACUAUGGCGAGGGUGAUGGACGAAUGUUGGCCGAUGAAUCGAUUGAACUGGUCGGUGCUGGUAGUACGGAUAAUCUGGCUUCGGAGGUGCAGUUUACUGGAACCGGUGCAACGUUGAAGCCGGCUUCGAGCAAUGAGACGGUCACGCUCAACUACGAUGGCAAUGUGACUUAUGAGGUAAAACGCAGCGAGACGUUUGUGAAGUCGUCCCAGGAGUCACUGAAACUCGGCGGUAGUCGAGAAUCAUUGAACCGAACAAGUGGGGCGUCGUCAUUUCAGACGAGCAAAUCCGGAAGUGAUGUUUCACUGCUGGACCAAACACGUACGCUCGAUCCGGAUGGAAAAGAAGGAAAACCUGUCCUUAGUUCGACAAUGGUUUUCGAAAGAUUAGUAAACGUUACACAAUGCAUUCCAAACAUAACCCAAGAACUGGAGACGGUUGCAGUUUUGCCGAAAGUCGAACAUUUGCUGGACAUUACCCACGACGUGGAAAAUCGUUAUGACCAAUUGCUGGAGGUGGAUCCGGUUGCCCAAAGACCCACUAGACUGACGUUCAACAUGAACGAAACUACCAAUUUAUUGCACCUUUCCGAUCCCUCGUUGAUUCUGAACAAGACACAGGUAUUCAGUUCAACGAUGCAUUCACCGCAGACGCUUGGUUUCAGAUCAGAUGCCCUAAAUGUGACAAAAGACGUAAAUAGACACAGCUUAGAAGAGGCUUUAGAUCAUGUAGAAUUACCGGUGGACAUCAGUGCUGGUGAACACACGUUGAUAGCCGGAGAUCUAGAAUUGGACGAGGAUCCAUCCAUAGCAGUUGUAGAUGGUAUUGGAACUAAAAAAGGGAGUGUCGAUUUAAGCUUGGACGAACCGGUCUCGGUUGGAAGGGAAGAGGUUUUGCUACGACCUGUGGAAGGACGAUGCUCGAUACCUGCGAAGCAUAGGUUUUCUUUCGGUUUGGAUCUUACUGAGUGUACAUUGGAUUGUUCAAUUGAAUUGUGCGAUUCUUCACUGUCUUCAGCUAAACUCAACAUUAAAUCACCCGUUUCGAAUAGUUUGACAAAGCAAGGAUCAUUCGAAAUGGACGAAAGCUUAGGAAUACUAACUCCCGAUCAGAUGAAGGAGUUUUUGGACUCGACUGCUACGAAUACAAAUAACACCAAAGAUUUGGAGCUAAAUUUGAAUACGGGUUCUCACCGGCACGGACUGCACAGUUGUAGAAUCGACCAGACACCAUCUCCGGAAGAAUUACCGCUGGAUCCGGUGGGUGUUAAAACCGACAUGUCUGGAAUUCUCCUUUCAUCGGAAAUUCUGUCGAAUCCAGGAACAAUUAUGUACCAGGAGAUAUCGCAGGCCGAUUCAGAGUCUAAGACGGACCAAAUGACAAAAUCGGCAACAUCUAAGGUGUCAAAUAGUUUCAUAACGAGCAUAACAAGCAUUACCAGUUUGGAUACGGGUUACCAAGGUGACGGUGAGAUGUCCCGGCCGGCAAGUCGGGGAGCAGAUCAGUCUCCUUCGAACGGCCCGAGGAUCAAGAAUCAAGCUGCAGCUGCAUGGAAUGCACAUGCAGCGGUGGCACCUGUACCACGUCGUCAAGACCCGAUGACCGAUAGUGAUUUUUUCACCGAGAGCGAUGCCGAUGAUGUAUUCAAUCGCGGCGACCGGAGGGCACAGAUCAUCGACGGUCAACUCUAUGGACCAAUGAUGCAGGGAGCAAACGUGUUCAUAAAUCAGCAGCCACAAAAUGAAGAUUCAUGUAUGGAAUCGAGCGGAAUUUUUACCGAUGUGGAGAACCGAGGGGACGAUGAUCUGCUGCACAGACGGUCCGAGAAUGAGGACCUUGCUGAGAGGGAGGCUGAUGAUUCUAAUGACGGCGAAGGCCGCCCAGUUACUGAGAGUGAUAUGAGCCCCGACGCGUCAACAGAUACGAUCAGCAGUGGUAACACUGCGUACAAUCAGAAGAAGGCGAUGCUAGGCGGAGGCGGCGAUGGCGACGGCGGAAGAACGGAGGAGGGUGUUAAUUGUUUGCAAAAUGCUUCACUAGUAUCGUCUAUUAGCACAAAUGCCUCAUCGCCGGCAAUGGUCGGUGAGAAAAGCUUUGAUAGUAAUGUUGCUGUUUCGCCAGCUGAUCAUAGAGCCGAUGCCAGCGGGUACUCCGUUGCACCAUCGCCGAACGAGAGUUUGGCUUUGAGUUCGGCCGCAGCGACACAAAAUCAAUCGUCGUCAUCACCAUCAUCAACGAGUUCUUUGGUGAGCGGUAGAGCCGAUAGCAGCGGUAUUGGUGGUAGUGUUUGUACCAGCAAUACCAACGAGAGCGCAAGCAACUUUUCUGCUGCUCGAGCUGGCUCAAAUACUAGUACCGACAGUUUGUCUGGCGCGCCCGUUGGUAGUGGAAGUCGUAAUUAUAGCGCUGGCAGUGGCAAAAAGCCCUGCUCCAGCAAUCGUAAACAACAGAAGAAUGAAACGAAUUUGGUGCUGAAAAAACAUGAAAUGUCGUCGCGCGUGACGUUGAGCAAAACGCGUCUAUUGAAGGAUCCUUCGGCGGGUGGAUCAUCGCGUAGUGUCGGUGGCAGUGUGCUGAAUCUGGAUCUGGUCGAUAACGAGUGCGAGAAUCAGGAAAACAAGCGCCCCGUUCGGGGUCAUAAUCUAGGUGCACGUGAUAUCGGCGGUGGCAACGGUGUCAGUGGUAGUGUCGGAAAUUUAAGUUUCACGAAGAAGUCGGCCACCCCGAACAAAUGGGAUGCAGUGAUGAGUAAAAUUGCCGAGAAUAAGGCGGUGAUCAAGAAGAAUUUCAGUGAUGUGAAAUCGAAGAUAAGUUGCGGCAAAGCGGCGGUCAUUCUGUCGUCGAGACGCGUAGAUUCACCGGCCUCGUUGAAAAGCCCACCGUCGGAAUGCAACAGCAUCGGAAAUCGUAGCGUUGCAUCGGUGCCAACAACGGGUGGUGGCGGAAAGCGAACGGUGAAACGCAGUCGAAACCACAGCAAAGACAGUUCCCAGAGUGAUAUCAGCCUUCCCGGAGGGUCACCGAAGAUGCAACCGAAGCUCGCCAACAUACGACCAGCAAAGAAGCGUGAUGUCCGCCCAAUCAACUCGUCGUCCAGCGAUUUGGGUCCACCGUCAAAAAGCACCCAGAAUGGUCAACAGCUGCAGCCAGCCACGCCGCAUCCACGAACUAGCCUUCGGACACCGGCCACGUUGCAGAAACGCAUAUCUCCCAACGUGACAAACGCACUAAUACCGACGGGGCACGAUCAUCAACUGAAAGGAUCACCACCAUCGAGGCGUAAUCUGAUUGGAAAGCGAGUGCUGUCGGCCAACAACAAUAACAACAACAACAUUAAGACUAACGGAACGACGCCGCAUGUGGUGAAAACACCACUGAAAGACCAUAACCGCCUCGUCGGCCCGACUGCAACCGUCAAGCAUCACUCCGGGACGAACUCACCAAAAUUGCAAUCAAGGACCUUGCUCCGGUCGAAUACACCCCACACCACAACGACCACAGCCACGACGACCUGUUCCGGUUCGAACAAUCGCAACAAUGGGACCGGCACCAAUCACCACGCGGUGCUGAAGAAUGCCGGCACUCCCAGCCUACAACGGAACGGGGCCAUUAUUCUGGAAAAACCCAGUUCUCCACUGAUUGUUGGUGAACGCGAUGUGCCGACCAGUCCACCGGGAACCGGAACAGCGGGCCUUCCGAAACAUCCGGCCGUUAUUGUCAACGGAACCGGUAACGCCGAGAAGCGCUCGGUCGAUCGGUCACUGGCCGAAACGGUCGGAGUGACUGGUGCUGCAAGGACUGCGGUGCCGACGUCCCCCAGCUGCACCCGUAAUUUAGUCGAUAUUAGUUUGCUCAAUCAUGCCAACCGUGGCGUGGAAGCGCUGGGAGUUUUAGUACAAUACUUAGUUUUUAAUCUGGAUGCCUUUUCCUGUCCCACGAUCAAGAAGUCCCAUCAGGAGACCACCCAAGACCUACUGGAGACCAAAUCAAUGCUCAACGAUGAACGCAGCACGUGCGAAUCGCUCAAACAACAGCUGUUAGAAACAACCGAACGGGAAUCGGAACUCCAAGAACUGCAUCGAUGUGAAAUCAGUAAAGUGGAGUCCUUUUUGAGCGAACAACAACGUACGGCUACCGAUCGAAUUGCGGCUCUUGAAGCUGAACUGCUACGGGCCAAGGUUGAAACCGAUGUAAAAGUACGCACCUGCACCGAAGAGUUCGAAAUCAAACUGAUCGGCUCUGCGGCGGAGAUAGCGCAAUGCAAAGCACGCGAAAUGGAAUUGUUGCAGCGAAUAAACGCUCUGAGCUGCACCGAAAAUGAACUCCGAGACAAAGUACACUCCAGUGAGUUGGAGUUCAGCGAACGGCUGCAGAUCGCGUCGAUGCGCGAGCGGGACUUGACCGAACAGUUGAAACAUCUCAAUCGUCAGCUGGAGGAAAUGCAGCGGGCUGCCAAAACUCGGGAGCAGGAGCUGGAAGAAAAACUUAGCCUGACACAGGACGAGUGUAGUUUUCUUCGACACAGUCGGAACUCGUCGGAACCACCGCAGGGUUCGGACUACAGCGGGGAUGUAUACAAUCGGGGUUCCCAAAAUGGCGAACAUACACUGCUGGGGAGUCCUUUGCAGAAUAACAAAUCAUCCAGCAAUCUAAAUCAGGCGCAAAUUUUACACGAUGAAGUUGACAGUUUGCGUUGUGUGCUCGAUUUGAAGCAACGGGAGAUUUCCGAGCUACGGAAACAGACCCAAGAGUACGAGCGAGAUGCCAAGGAAUUGCCGGGAGCGUUGGUGAAAAUCUCGGCGCUUGAAUCCCGGAUUGAAGAUCUGCAGGUGCAACUAAAGACCAAAACCGAGGAGGAGAAAGACCUCCAGCAAAAGCUAAAACUACUGCAGGACAACCUGAAGCAGGAAACCAAAGUGAAGAGUCGUCUUUCGCAGCAUAACGAGGAGCUCCAGUGGAAACUGAAGCAAAACUCGGAGAAAUUUUCGCACGUGUAUGCCGAGCUAUCCAAGAGCUACCACGAGAACUCUAGCUUCAUGAAUGCGACGCGCAACGCCAGUAUGGAUCAAUCAUCAAUGGCGACACAUCCGUACCAUAACCAAACGGUCAUGCACAACCGUUCAGUGGGUUCGGAUAAAGUAUUCGAGAUGGACGAUAUUUCGCCGCCUACGUCCCCCGUUAUCAAGGGUGUCGUCGAGAAGAGUGAUUCCGUUUCUUGGGUACUGGAGAUGGACGAUGAACCACCGGAAAUCUCCGCAUCACGAAUGGUGCGUCGGGCGGGUUCAUUUCGAUCCUCCUACGUGUCGACACCGGCGGGAGGACAAGAUUUGAAACGACAGAAAUGUGGCGGUUCCACCGGUUUGAAUCACACAUUCAACGGGGGUGGCAUCCAGCAGUCGAGCUCGGUUGGUUCCAUCUUGAAACAGCAAGAUCAGUCACCAUCGAAAAAUGCGAUGGGUUCACCGGGUACACCUCGAUUGCGAUCGAAAUCGGUGAGCAUCAAGACGACGGAGCCACCGAAAAAGAUCGUUCGGUCAAACUCGGGAGCGUCCAGUUCAGCGGUUUCGAAGCCAAUCAAAAUGGCUGACUUGCCGUCAUCCUGGAAGGAACCACCGCUUUACAGUAGCUCUCCGUACGCUCAUAAAAGGUUUCUGAACGAACGAAUGAUGGAAAAUGGCGCCGGUAGCAAAUCAUUCGCUGGGUUUCGAGAUGGAAAGGAUUUAUUUAUCGAGGAGACAGAAUUUUUAGGGGACUUGGCUGAUAGUCCCUACAGUCGAAGCCGGACGAGCUCGUUCGGUGCUGGACCGGUGGAAGCGACACCCGAACAGCCGGCAGAGUUUUUUCAUCGCGACAAAACCCCAAAUUUUAAGAUGAGUAAAGAGAACCGUGGAUUAAUUACAUGUGAUACAAAAGCGCUAACCGGGUCCGGAAGUGACGCGGCACCAGCGCAUAAGAAGCGGCGUGAGUUUUCACGAAAAAAUCUUGCCGGAAAGAAUAGUAUGUUACCGAAGGAAGCAGCCGGGGAAGCACUGGUUUCCGGAUCGAAUUCAGACGAUGAAGCUUCAUCCUCGUCCUGCCUGUCAGAUGACCUUUCCUCCAGAGGCAGUGCCCGUAGUAGCAGCAGUAGUAGUAGCACUAGCAGCACGACAAGUACUGGCAGUGGUCCAUCUUCAUCCAGAACCUCUGGUAGCGGAGCGGGUCAACAGGAAGCACUUGUUGUUGAGGAGGAAGAGGAGGAAGAAGAUGGUGGUGAUGUUAAGCCGUGUCCGGCAGGAACUGCCAAUGGACGGCGGCGCAGGUCAUCUACCAUUUCCCUGGAGGAUGCUUUGAUGCAGAAGAUUGUUGCUAGUCUGAACCGAGGAAUUUCCGGUGAGGGUAACGAAACACCCAUGGAAGUCAGCUGGUCCGAGGACGGAGACCCGUCCGAAUCGAUCGUAUGACAAGACGAUGAUAGCUUUUAAAUCGUAAUCGAAAAGGUAAUAUUUUGUGUUUAAGUAGUGCAGACAGUGGAAAACAAAGUAGGCAUAACAAAACAGCAAACAGAGAUGAAACGUUUCCUUGUAUGGUCUUUUCAUUGCUGGUGGCCUACUCGGAUCGCAAAAAAAUACUGACACAGCCAGGAAUACAAGAUCCCUCGGGUAGGCCAUGGAAACCAGUCGAGACCUGUAAUUUUAUUGAUUAUUUGUUUUUUUUACGCUAAGUCCAGUUGUUCAGUUGUUAAAUGUAUAUUUUCUGUAUUUAUAUCUGAAAGAUGAAAAAGGCAUGCUAGAGAGAAGGGAAAGUAAGCAUCAGUAGAAAGAUUGUCGAUAUGAGUAUGAGAUCUGCUAGUUUCAGUUUGUUUUUUUUUAACGAGUAUCUAAUGCGUAUGCGUUUGCGUUUGAAGCAACCAAUUUAAAAAAGUAAAACAAGAGAAACGAUUAGUCAGUCACAGAGUUAGGAACGUUAGUUAUUUUGUGUCCUUGUAACUAUUAGCAAGAUAAAAGGAAAAUAAAUGAUGUGUUAUUAGUAGAUAUAAGAUAUCCCCCAUAGUAAUACGAUUCUUGGCAAUUGCUUUGGUCGCUCGCGAGACCGAAAGCGGUCUGCGUUGAAAGAAAAACGAAAAUUUGUCAUUUUGAAAAAAAUAUUUAAUUGUUACUAGACUUGUGUAAGAGAUUUAAAAAGAUUGUAAAAAUUGUCGAGAAUAAUAAACAAAAUCAAAACAA